AGUGUUUUCAUGGCUUAUAUGAUUCUGAGAGACAAAUCGGGAGUACUUCUACUUCAUACAUCUUAGAAUUUAAGCUGUCGUUUUUAAGAUUUCGUUUUUAAAAUUCUAAUGUCGUUUUAGUAGAUCUUUUGUAAUAUUGUCGUUUUAGAUAUCACUGUCCUCUGCCGUUGCAGAAGGACAAAAGUCAAAUCCCGCUUAGCCUUUAAGCUCUUUUGUCUGUUUUACCCUCUACCUUGCGAACUGUAAAACCCUUAAACCCUUGAAGCCCCCUCUCUCUCUCUCUCUCUCUCUCUCAUGAAAGCUAUUUCAAGGAUGAAGUCUAUUUUAUCUCAGACGCCAUUUCCAUGUUCUCAACUUUCACAGAAAACACAUUUGACACUAUUUUCUCUUGCCACUAAAUCCGUUCAACAUAACCCAACGUGCUUUCUGCAAAAAACCAAUCUUCUUCACCUGAAACCCACCUCCUGUUUCCCCAAAACACCAUGUUGUUCGGUUCAAAACCGCCGUCUGCAAAUUGAGCCAGAGUCUCGGACUCUCAGGCCUGGCGAAGUUCACGUGAUUGUGGGUCCAAUGUUCGCCGGAAAGACCACCACGCUUCUUCGUCGGAUUCAAUCAGAGAGGAGCAACGGCAGCUUUCAGGUCAAGCCUCUAACAAACAAUCACCAAUUGGAUAAAACAUUAAAGGGUCUUUGUUUUUCGGGAAGUUUGAAUGAAGCUGUUUCUCUAUUGUGCCAUUCAGGGUUACAAGUGAACCCAAAGACGUAUGCUCUUCUCUUGCAAGAAUGCAUAUACAUGAAAGAAUAUAAUAGUGGGAGAAGAAUCCAUGCACAAAUGACUGUUUUGGGAUUUGUCCCUAAUGAAUAUUUGAAGACCAAAUUGUUGAUAUUGUAUGCAAAGUCUGGGGAAUUAGGAACAGCCCACCUUUUGCUUGAUAAACUGCUGGAAAAAAACUUGGUUUCAUGGAAUGCAAUAAUUGCAGGGUAUUUUCAAAAGGGGCAAACAGAUAUGGGGUUAAGUCUUUAUUACAAGAUGAGACAGAGUGGUUUUAUACCAGAUCAGUAUACCUUUGCAUCUGUAUUCAGAGCCUUUGCUACUCUAGCAUCAUUGGAGCAUGGAAAGCAAGCCCAUGGUCUUUUGAUCAAGUGCAAUAUUAAGGACAAUGUUGUAGUCAGCAGUGCCCUCUUGGAUAUGUACGUUAAGGGCAGUAGCCUAUCUGAUGCACAUCUGGUAUUUGAUACCUCUGUGAAUAAGAACGUCAUUACAUGGACUGCUUUGAUAUUUGGGUAUGGUCUGCAUGGAAGAGUUCGAGAGGUUUUGGAGCUUUUCCAUAGGAUGAAGGCUGAAGCUGUUAGACCAAAUUAUGUUACUUUUUUAUCAGUUCUUUCUGCUUGUAGCCAUGGAGGUUUAAUUGAUGAGGGUUGGGAAUACUUCUCUUCUAUGAAAGAUUAUGGAAUUCAACCAAGAGAACAGCACUAUUCUGCUAUGGUUGAUCUUUUAGGUCGUGCUGGGAGGCUAAAAGAGGCUUAUGAGUUUAUUCUGAGCUCACCUUGCAAAGAGCAUUCAGUGGCAUGGGGAGCUUUGCUUGGGGCUUGCUUAUGGGAAAAUGUUGCAAAGGUUAGGGCUGCGAUGAAGGAAUCAGGGAUGAUAAAAGAAAGUGUAGCAAUAAUAAAAUCAAACAAGGACACAAGGUAUGGAUUGGAUUCAAUUGUGACACAUGAUGGGGUGAAAUUGCCGUGUUGGGCUCUGGCAGAUUUGUUAUCAUUUAAACACAAAUUCGGUGCUGAUGCAUAUGGAGAGCUAGACGUGAUUGGUAUCGAUGAAGCUCAAUUCUUUGGAGACCUUUAUGAUUUCUGCCGUGAAGCUGCUGAUCUUGAUGGCAAAACAGUAAUAGUUUCUGGGCUAGAUGGUGACUAUUUGAGAAGGAGCUUUGGUUCUGUGCUUGAUAUAAUUCCUCUUGCGGAUUCUAUAACGAAGUUAAGUGCUAGAUGUGAGCUUUGUGGGAAACCUGCCUUGUUUACAUUGAGAAAAACACAGGAGAAGCAAACCGAGCUGAUCGGCGGAGCUGAUGUGUACAUGCCCGUCUGUCGCGGCCACUAUGUCAGUGGACAGGGAGUCAUCGAGGCUGCAAGAGUUGCCCUGGAAUCUCAUGUUAAUUGUGGUUCCAUUGCAUAGUAAUAUAAUGUAUAUAUAUUAAUUUAGAUUUGAUACCCUACAUGUAAGUGGGAAUAUGUAUUUGAAUCUUCCAUUUAAUUUAAAUGUAUUUUAGCUUUGUGAUUUAAGGGUGUAUACUAGCAAAUUGUAGUUUGAUCUUUGUUUAUUAAUCAGAUUGCUUUUAAUAUUCA